CCAGAUCUGCCGGAUGUGUCCGGGGACUCUGCGGAACAGUUCAGAAGUUUCCCAUCUGUGCUCAGAGACCUCGGAGGCGGAGCUUGUGGGUCGCUGCUGUGUGAAGCCCCCCGGGGGUGAUAUUAUUGGGCUGGAUCUCUGGAACUGCUCCAUCUCCCACCUGGACCCCGGGCUCCGCCUCACUGCCGCCAUUGUUGUCAUAGACAUUUCCCAGAAUCCUCUGCAGGAGCUGCCCCGGGAGAUCUUCCAGGGACUGACCGGCCUCAACUAUCUGGCUCUUCCAGUGAACAUUAGUUGCCCCGGGGGUAAUCAGUCCUGGGCCAGUGUGGAGACCGGAUCGGAGGGUCGGAUUUGCCGUGAUCAGCAGAGUUCCUGUAACAGCACCGGAGAUGUGGCGGUGCUGUGUCCAGAGAACUCGCUCUGCGCUCCCGAUGGACCCGGCUACACACAGUGCGUCUGCGUUGCCGGAUUCAGCGGCUACAAAUGUCUGAGAGAGGGCUCCUUCCCUAUGAUCAUGUUCUUCGGGAUCCUGUCCUCUGUCACCAUCGUUCUGGCCAUAUUUUUCUGGUGUACGCAGAGGAAGAAGGUGAAGAGUCUGUAGAUGGAGUCAUGUGACCGGG